CCUUUUCCCUCCAGAGCAGCUCAUUCAGAGACGGAGCCUCCGUCAGAGCAACAACACGACAGCUGAGACAUGAGUGGACGAGUCGGAGACUUGAGCCCGAAACAGGCUGAAAUCUUAACUCAGUUUCGGGAGAGGAUCCAGGACAUCCUCCCCAACCUGCCUGCACAGCAUGACCACUACCUCCUCCGCUGGCUCAGAGCCCGUAGCUUCAAUAUUCAGAAAGCUGAGGCCAUGAUCAGAAAGCAUGUGGAGUUCAGGAGGCAGUUGAAAGUAGACACCAUCAUAACUGACUGGGAACCUCCAGAGGUGAUUCAGAAGUACGUGUCUGGAGGGAUGUGUGGUUACGACAGAGAGGGAAGUCCCAUCUGGUACGACGUGAUUGGUCCUCUGGAUCCUAAAGGUCUGCUGCUGUCGGCCACCAAACAGGACUUCCUGAAGACCAAGAUCCGACACACUGAGAUGCUGCGACGGGAGUGUCAGAGGCAGUCUGAGAAGUUGGGGAAGAACAUUGAAGCCAUCACUCUGAUCUACGACUGUGAAGGUCUGGGACUCAAACACAUAUGGAAACCUGCCAUUGAGACCUAUGGAGAGAUCCUCACCAUGUUUGAGGAGAACUACCCCGAGGGGCUGAAAAGGGUGUUUCUUAUCAAAGCUCCCAAAAUGUUUCCUAUGGCCUACAACCUCAUCAAACACUUCCUGUGCGAGGAAACACGACGCAAGAUCAUCGUUUUAGGAAGUAACUGGCAAGAAGUUUUACAUAAACACAUCGACCCGGAGCAGCUUCCUGUGGUGUACGGAGGAACCCUGACCGAUCCUGACGGAGACCCUCGCUGCAGAACCAUGAUCAAGUACGGCGGCACGGUGCCCAAGUCGUACUACGUUCAGGACUCUGUGAAGGUUCAGUACGAUAACAGCGUCACCAUCAGCCGCGGCUCCGUCUUCCAGCUGGAGUGUGAUGUUAAAGCGCCCAGCAGCCUCCUGAGGUGUCAGUUUGCCAGCGACGGAGCAGACAUCGGGUUCGGAGUGUACAGGCGGACCAAAGAGGGUGGAGGUCAGAAGGUGGCCGAGAUGCUGCAGGUUCUGCCCAGCGAACGCUACAACGCUCACCUGGUCCCUGAGGACAACUGCCUCACCUGCCCCGAGCCUGGAGUCUACGUGCUGUGUUUCGAUAACAGCUACAGCAUCCUUCAGUCUAAGAGGGUGAGCUACAAAGUGGAGGUUCUUCCUCCUCCGGACACACAGAUGCAGAGUCCACACAGCAGAGGAGACAGGAGGCUGCAGUGAAAACACAGAUCCCAGACUGUGAAACUAAAGCUCCUGGAUCAGGGCUGGAUUCUCUUCAGAGCAACUGGGAGAAAAAACAAGCAGUGAACCUUUAACCAACCCAUUUCCCCCACUCUGUACAUCGUGCAUGUGUGAGUUGGUGAUUAGUGAUCAGUGGUAACUUUGUUAGAGAGUAACUGAACCACACACGAGAGUUUACAUUCAUUUAAAGGAAAAUUCUGGUCCAGAAACAUCACUAUAUAUCAGUACCAGACUCCAUUGACAAAAACAGGAAUUUAACGGAGCAGAACACAGGAGC